AACGCUAAUAAAAAGAAGUGGGCCGUUUACGACGAUCUGGCAGUCAGUUAAUCCGUCGGUUUGUACCUUAUUGGUUGUUCAGCCUAUUUGCUUGGGAAAAGUUUGUCAGAUAUGCGGUAGUGCGGAAAUUUGUGAUUCACUCUUACUUGUAAUCUUUCUUAAUCGCCUGUCGUCUUCGGAUGGGAUGCUACUAGUGGACGUAAGCUGUCUACUGAAAGGGCACUGUUCUUAAUGAAUAAUUUCGAGUUGAAGUACACCGUUCCAUGCCUUGAUGGGCACAUGUUACUCAAGUAAGAGCAAGUCAGCAUCACAGCCGUACUCCUCUGCUCCCAUGUCGGCUUCCUCUUCGCAAGAUAGCGCGCUACGUCUACCACGUGCCACUCCUUACACCAGGGGAACAGUUGCACCUACAGAUACGUCGGAGGUGAACUUCCGACGUUGUAUUCCUCCCCCUACUAAAUACCGUGCCAACACUUUACAGUCCGGAAAUCUGCAAGGCAAAGCCAAUGCUACAAUUACAACAGACUUUGCGGAGAAGAGCAGGAGAGCUGUGACUGACAAUGCUGAUGUGAACAAUCCCAGCUUCAAUAACAACUUUGAGGAUGGAAGCUCGUCCCAAGAUUUCACAAACCUUAAGAAGGAUGUCAUUGAUAGUGGUACACAUAAUGUAACAGACAGUUGCUCAUUGCAGCUUAGAACAGAGGGGGCCAAGGCAUCUUCAGAGAACUCUGAACGCAUACAAUAUGGAGCCACCAAAAUCCCAACCAAGAUUACAGCACACCUUAGUGGGCUUCCUAAGCCUCAGGUUGCUGUUGUUACAACCAGAGUGCCACCUGUACCACAGCGGGCUACGAGUGAGAAGUUACAUGCAGCAGCUCGUAUCUCUAACCAACCAGUGGGAGAAGCUGCAGAAAAGCGGGCUGGUUGCCAGCACCGUGUGUCGCCGGACAAGGAAAGCAUUUCAGACAGGAGCCACAGCGGAGACAGCGGUAGCACCGACUACGACUCUGGUCUGGGCCACUCUCUGAGUGACCCACCUGCUGGCAGUGAGAGUGGCGGGAAGGCUCAGAGCAGCAGCACGACGCUACAGGUGGAGUCGUCGCCUGUUCUCAAGGAGGCGGUGGGUGUAGAAAAUGAGUUGGACUCGGCUGUGCUGCCCACAACGCUCCCCGUUGGAGCACAACUGGCUACAGUCGAUGGAACUGCCUCCAAGAUGGGUGUGUAUGACCAGCCGGACUCCUACGCGGCAUACCGGGGAAUCCUGUCUUAUCGGCGCAUCACUCCGCUAAAAAAAUAUUCAGAGGCUCCUCAGUGGAAGCGAACUGUUGAACCAAAGAACACAAAGGGUUUCAGUAGCCCAACUAGGGCUGUCAUUGCCAAGGGAAUACUGACCAAGGGUGCCAAGGCAGCUCAUGCAGCAAAGGAUUGCUCACCAGAGCGGAAGAGAGAGGGAGUUGCAAAAGGAGCUUCUCUGCCGUCGGCUCCACUCAGCCCAAGCAAGGAAGAGAAAAGUGCUGGGUUCCUCAGCCCCACGUCAGAUGGAUUCUUAAUCGAUGAUGAUAUCUCUGAUCAGCCAGGGCUGAUCGCCCUGGAGCGGUCUCGAGGAAGAGGGGCACCGUCAGUGAAGAAGUCCAUCUUUGAGCUGCAUGCUCUACAGUCAUUUAGUGGACGACAGACUAAAGUUGACCGAACAUUGGAUGACCUCCACCCCUUAUGUUCUGAUGCUGGAUCAUCUUGUUCAAGCCUGGGUUCUGAUGACCUUAUGCUGGACUUUGAAACUAGCACAUGCAAGGAUUCCGCAGAAGUUGCAUCCAGUCCUGUUAAAUAUGCUGGAACACAACUGAGAAGGGUCGCACGUCCAUCUCUUGCUUCCCAAGCAGAAAAGAGGAACUCGUGGGACAGUAAUCACUCGGAUGAAGGGGCAGCCUUGCGCCGAGCAUCUGACUCUCUCUCAUCUCGAUGGCCACUGAAAACGCCAUCCAGUGGUGCUACUGCAGGUGAAGCACGUCCGCGCACUGUCAGCUUGCCACUGCGGCCACCUCGUCAGGUGGUGAUGCAGGAGUGUGAUGAUGGCAGUGUGAAGUUAGACUCAUCUUCAUACCGGUCAGUGUGCCAGGACCUCAAUGGACUGAAGACAAUGCUCCUCAAGCUACGCCGCAUACUACAGGAUGCUGAAACACUAAACCCCUUUGAACUCUCAAACACUAAGAACUAUUUCUAUCAUGCACUGGCUAGUACUGAUCUGCCUCAUGGUUUUGCACACACCCCAACUGGUGAUACGCCUGAUUUCAACCCCAUUGAUCCGAGUGAUGUUAUGCAGGAAAAUAUGGACCUGAAGCGACAACUUAUUUUAAUGCAGCAGCAGUUGGAAGACAAGGACCGCACAAUUCACCUUCUUCAGCAGCAGAUGACCAAGUACAUGGAUAUUACAAAUGUUGAAAAGGAUCCUGUUAAAGCCAAUGCUGCAGUACAGACAGAAAGGCCAAAAUUUCUUCAAAGCAUCUCAUCUUCGGAAGAGGGUUCUUCUCAGGGGCGUUUAGUCAGCUUCCGGAUUGGACAGCUGCACACCUUUUGUUUCUGAUAUGAAGAACGCCCUUGACGAGCAUUUCAAGUCGAGUUCCAUUUGCCAUGCAGCUUUUCGUGACAAGAUUGAGGAUGUGUCCAAGAGCCUGAGCAACAUUACACAGGCUUUGCGGCUGCACAGUUCAAAGCCACACCUGCCUAGCAGGUCUCAGUCAAGUUGGGAACUACUUUCGCAAGCUAAUAAGUAGUUUAGUUGGUGCCAGUUCAGCUGCCUAUGGUGUAUGUGUUCCCAGGGAUGUGUUUUCUAGAGGUCAUCUCUUUCUGUUUAUAUAUUUUACUUUUUUAGAUUUAUUUAUAUUUCAACAUGGCGUUAUGUUUCAUUCACGAAUUUGGUUUUGUAAUAUAAUGUGCUCACAAGUUCUUGAACUUGACAUAUGGACCAUUGCAGUUUGGUGUCAGCCAAAGAAGUUCCACUUUAUAUUAGUAUGAGCGGUGAUUAAAAAAAAUAAUAAGUGGCAUAGCUGCCAAUCUGCAUCACCUUUUAUUUGGACCAUUUGCAAAGUUCAUGUUGCAGGGAUUGCUAUGAAUAGAAUGACUGAACGUAAUGACUUUUUGGGCAUUUGGCUAUUGUAGUAAUUUCUCCAGUGGCACCAAAUGUGCAUUCACUUUGCCAGUUGUGCGUGGGUGCUUGGUACUUCAGGGGAAUUAACUACUGUAGUGUUUUGCCUAUUG